AUGAUUAACGGCUACCCCCAACACCAUUCAAAUCUCGCAUGCCGUCUGCUGUCGUUUGAUGGAUAUGAGGGUGUUCUGUGCGAUUUGAUUCCAAUUUCAAGCAAAGUGGACUCUCGUACAACUUCUUCGGACGGUGCUUUGGUCGCUGGUGGGAGUCCGAAUAUGGCGUCAGAAAUUGACGUAGCUCGACACAGGUUCCCAUUUUGCAUUGUGUGGACGCCGCUCCCAGUGCUGACCUGGAUCUUUCCCUUAAUUGGUCAUAUGGGUAUAGGAACAAGCAAGGGGAUUAUACGCGAUUUCUCAGGCAGUUACUAUGUUUCUGAGGAUGACAUGGGUUUUGACUGGCCAACAAUGUAUUGGAAGUUGUCAGUAGAUUCUGUUGAAGGGGGUGCCGAAGCUUAUGACAGAGCCAUUCGCGAGGCUUCGGACGAGUACAAGAGUAGAAUGCAUAAUCUCUGUUGUGAUAACUGUCAUUCCCACGUUGCUCUUGCAUUAAAUACAAUGAAGUAUGACAAUCAUGAUCGAUGGAAUAUGGUGAAGUUGGGAUUUUACAUCCAAGUAUAUGGAAAAUAUACUGGAAUUGGUGGCUUCCUUAAACAAUGGGGAUUCUUUCUGCUCAUUUGUGUCGUUGUAAUCACUUUGUUUAUUCUAUUCUAA